AUGGGUCACUGUUCAUCAGCAGCUCUGUUAGCGAUGGUGGCGUUGACCCUGUUGACCACAACUCACGGCAUCGACAACAGCAGUGGCGGUAGGGCCACGUUGUGCGACGGCCUCACCGACCCAUCAUGCCUCAUUGCAAACAGCGACUUGGACGGCAUGGAGUUCUUGAUGGACUCGGAAAUCAGCACAAGGAUCUUGGCCGGACGUCAAAGUUUAGCCAGAGCGGCACUGAAUCCCAGCAAAGCGGCGUCGUGUGAUCGGAGGGGUUUCCCUCCUUGCCAUCCCGGCUCCAACAGAAAUCCCCCGGCGCCCAGUUGCGAAAAGACAAGCAAUGUGGGGAAGACCGAGCGGAGGAGGGGGAUGAUCAGGGGAAAUCGAGGGUGGUGGGCCGAUCUCCAUAGCCUCAUGGUGGCUGGUCGGACAGCUAUGGUGGUUGGGGUGGUGACUGUAAUAGGAGACGGGAUAGGUUACUCGUGA